AUGAAAUCACCUACAAGCCAAGAAUUACAGACGUUAGCAGAACACCAAUUAGUAUUGUCAUAUAACAAGAAACCUCCACAACCUCCACAUAAUCAAUGGAGUCAAUUAGAUGAAGCUAAAGUACUUUUACGUGCUGAGCCCAAUUUACUCUUCAGAAAAACUGAAUAUACGGUUUUACAUUCAUUCUUAGCUGGAAAAAUUAACCACCAAUUAUCAGGUGUUUUCAAUGCCACUGGUGAACUUGGUACAGGAAAAACCACAACCAUUCGACGUUUUGUGGAAGUAACAGGAUUAAGGCUUAAUGAUGCACACAAUGCAUUUUCCGUCAUAUGGAAACAGUUAACCACACAAACAGUAUCAUCCAACAAAGCUCAAACACUCCUCAAUGAACAUUUUUCAGGGGCAAAAGUUCGAGAAAUAUCCACAAUUUUAUUGAUUGAUGAUGUGGAUUUUUUGAGUCGUAGUAAACCAGAAGUCAUAAGUAAUAUACUUAAUUGGUCUAAUCAAUGUCGUUCAAAAGUAAUUGUAAUAACAACUGCUAAUAGUAUGGAUUGGCUUGAACGAGUAGUAACAGGACAAGAAAUUAAAACAUUACUAUUCAAUUCUUACACAUCCGACCAGUUAGAAAAAAUAAUCAAGGAUAGGUUGAUUGGAAAUUUUUCAUUUGAUCCAAAUGCUAUUCAACUUGCAGCAAAGAAUGGAGACGGUAAUGCCAAAGCUGCUCUAAGCUUAUGCUAUCUGGCUAUUAAACUUGUUAAAUCCAAUUAUCCAGGUAUUUCACAAAUAACGAGGCUUCAUAUUGCUGAGAUAACACAUUUAAUACAAGUUAAACAACAUAAAGAUAUGCAGAAAAAAAGAGAACUUUUACAAACUAUGCCCAAAACUGUGCUCAACAACAACAAUACAUAUAUAUGGCUGGAAAUAUCAUGCAUGACUUUGUUUCUAUGGUUUAUUUAA